AUGCGCGAAAAAGAGGUUUUCUUUCUACGGCACAAGCUGCAGAGGGGAUUUUUGAUGCCAAAUCAUCCGCCCAAACUCGAGGACAUGUCCGAGAUGUCCCGCUGCCUGGAGCGGCUCGAGGACUACCGUGAUCUAGAUGCCGCCAUCAUCCACACUACCAAGGUUCACAAAGUUCUCAAGGGCUUAUUGAAGCUUGACUGGAUCCCCAAAGAUGAGGAAUUCGAUAUCUCCUCCCGAUCUAAAUCCCUUUUAGACCGAUGGAAGCAGCGCCAGAACGGCCCUGUCGACAUUGGGGAUCAUGACAACGCCGAAGACACGACUGCAGCGGACACAACGACGGAGCGAGCCAUCGAUGCACCACAAGAACAGCCUGCUCCUAUAGCUGAGCCUGAGCGCGCCGGCCGUCGGAGAUUCUGGCAGACUCUUAGAGAUAUUGUUGACUCGGAGAGUGAAUCUUCGUCGGAUGACGAGGCAGAGAAAACGCCGAACAAGCCCACCAAAACAUCCGCUUCUGGCGGGCCAAGAAGAGGCACGAGGAGUGCUGGCAAGUCUGUCGAUCGUCCGAGUCGGAUUGUUAGUUUCAAGUCGGAUCGACUUCGACAAUCGCUGCCACUACCAGCGCGCCCACGUCUAAGCACUGACCAUGGCUCGCCCAGUCGCGACUUCGAGCCUCCUGCUGGAGAAGAGUUCACACUACCUGAGGAUCUCCCCUCUCACCUCAGAGAGUUACUCGAAAACGACAGCCUCUUACAGAAAGAGAAGAACGAUAUCUACCUCGACAAGCAAGGUGUAGAGCACUCGCCCAAAGUACCAUACCUUCCUUUCGUAUACACACUCACGAGAACUGGUGAGCGAUUAACAGUAAGAUUUUACCGCUGUUUCAGCACGCCAACUCGGCAGCUGGGCGUCUGCGUUGCCGUCGGAGCCUCCUUUCCGGAACCCACAAUCCUUGGACGCUCGCCUGGCAAGGCCAAAAAUUACUUCAGACCAUGGCAUGGUAGCGUGAAGGCCUUCGCGGAUGAGACCUGGGAGGUUUGGAAGCGGCUUGAUGGACCGAAGAAGCGCCGCAAGCGAAGAAAGCCGGUGGUUGGAGCAAGGAAGAGGGCAAGGGUGACGGACAAGGAGGACUCGCUUGCUGACACCAUGGAUAAAGUCCAACGAGAAGACUCGAUCAUGCUAUCUGAGGAGGAGUCGCUUGACGAUUCACAACUUAGGAACCAUGCGGAACCCCUUGGUCAGAAUCAGCAUCAGGCCAGCAGCGAUGAUACUGGGAGUCUCGUAGAAGUACAACAAACUUCAUCCAGCUUUCCGAGGGUCAAGGCUGAAGCGAUCUACCCUUCACCUGCCGGUAGCCGCUUGGCGCAGUUCACACCCCAGCACGGCGAAGAUGUAAAAGGACUGGAGGUUGAUUUCAUCGACGAAACGGAUACCACGGUGCGGCGAAGGGCGUGGAGUGAAUGCAAUUCCAGCAGGAAGCUGUUCACCCAGGCUGUGGUUGCUCGCUUGUUGCAGUCUGGCAGAGAUGUUGCGGCUCUGAGCGUGAGAAUAGCAGAUCUCGAGAUUCCCCUCAUGAUGGGAGACGAGCUGGAUUUCCAGGAGGUCGAGGAUGCAGUUGCCCAUCAAGUGACGCUGGCCCAGCAGUCUCCGUCGGAUGCUGUCGGGAAAAUCGAAGUACGUCUGCUCUAG